AUGGCUCCCCUAGAGUGGGCUAUUAAACCUAUUCAAGUCGAUCCAGAGUACACAGACAGCAAGUCAGGUGAUACCACCAAAUGUGAUCUUUCAACCGAGUCUCAAUCACGUGGAUCACAUGCAAAAGUGAAUUUACAGUUUGACACAAUCUUGACAUCAUCAUCGAUCCUGGAGAUGAUCAAGAGGGACAAGCUAACGAUUUAG